UGCCAAACGGGGGCCAGUUUCGAUCCGUCCGAGUCCCGACCCCCUUCUCCCUCUCGUUUGUGUUCUCGAACUUUCUUUGGAGUUUGGUUCAAUUCGUUCGGCUCCCUGCCGAGAAGCUGAGCUGAUCUCUCGGCUCUGAGUCGCAGCCAUGGACGACGAGUACGAGUUCGCUGACAAGGUUCCUCCCUCCUUUGAUCGCGUGGGAGAUAUGAUCAAGGAUGCUGAAGCCAAAGGGUUCAACCCUGGACUGAUAGUGCUGCUGGUUGUUGUUGGGCUAUUGUUGAUAUUCCUUGUUGGAAAUUAUGUACUUUACAUGUAUGCACAAAAAACUCUUCCUCCAAGGAAAAAGAAGCCGGUCUCCAAGAAGAAGAUGAAGAGGGAGAGAAUGAAGCAAGGUGUUUCUGCACCUGGAGAGUAGAAUCUCAAGAUAUGCUUUCUUGUGUUCAUCUUUUCGAACUAUUAUCGGAAACUCCCUUUCUUCUGGUGUUGAGAGUGUCUAAGUUACUUUCCUUCAUCUCCCUGACAUCAGUCAAAAUUUAACUUUAUAUUAGAAGCUAACGUAAUAUUAAGUUAGACCAAGAAGUAAGAAUGCUUUGUUUGUUUUUC